AUGGCGACCAGGACCAAGAAAAUCACGCGCACCAAGACCGGUUGCUUGACUUGUCGGAGGAGACGCAAAAAAUGCGACGAGGGAAAGCCAGAAUGCCAAAACUGCCUUCGAAAUAGCUUCGUUUGCGAAGGCUACCAGCAACAAAAGGCGUGGCAACGGGCACAUAGCAUGGGUAACGAUGUGCCCGGAGCAAGAGAGACCCCGGACUUUGGACCGAACGAAGCAACCAUGCAGGCUGUGGAUGAUUGGAAUGACUUUGUGCUUCCAGGAUCCGGGGCAUUCAGGGAGGACUUGCUCUUCACCAGUCCAACGUUGGACCCGACUGUUGACGAUCUGAUGAACCUCACUUCCCCUUCCUCGACGGCCAAUGCUUGGCUCGGUCACACUAUGGCGGCUCUCUUAGAAGACCACGUUACCCCCAAUGCCAGUCACACCAACGAACACCAGGAGAGUGCGGAAGAACUCGCCGACAUCAGAUCCAGAAGUAGCACCGCAUCCAGUACGGACAAAGAUUCAAGCCUUUGUAGGCGUGUGACGCCACCAGAACAUGCCCGACGACGGUCGGUAUCCAUCUUGCAGCCGUUGCCAUUUCUCGUGGAUGGGAUUCAGACACAGGCCGAGCGCAGAGUCUUUGAUCAUUAUCACAAAGUGGUGACUCAUGUUCUCCUGUUGAAGACGCACAGCAACCCAUUGGUAUCGAUCCUGAUACCCCUGGCAUUGUCACAAGAUGGAAAUAGUGGCCUUUUGGAUGCAAUCAUAUGCCUAUCCGCAAGCCAGUAUCAGUACGCAGUGUUGGCAGCUGGCUGCGGAGGGGAUACCGCCGAGAAUGCCGGCAUACAGAAGUUGAAAUGGCAGCGUCAUGGCAGAGCCGUGAAGCAUCACAUCCAAUUGCUCAGUCAAUUGCCGAAGCAGUCAUUGGCACCUGAAUCACAAAAGAGUGGCCGCCAGCAACUUUUGAUCCUCACUAUGAUCCUCUACCAAUUUAGUCUUUGCGAAGGAAACUGGUCCGCAGGAAGACGUAUGCAUUUCAAUGCAGCUCGAGAACUCAUCAGGCAAAUCUAUCAGGAUAACAGCUACGACCCAGCCCACCACGAAAGCUUUGAUAUUUUCGUGCUCAACUGGUUUUAUUUCCACGACGUCUGUUCCUCCCUGACAUCUCCGCAAGAUGGCCCUUGUAUAGACUUGCACCGUCGCUGUUUAAACGGAGCAGGUGCGCCGUUGCCAGCCACAAGCCUGACAAUGAGAUACCAGGCCGCCCACCCCUCACAAACCGAGGUCUUCCUGAUUGGGCCCCAUGAUGGGUUGUUGACCAUUCUGGCCCGCAUCAUCAGACUACAUCGUGAACACCCUCUGGAUGAAUAUGGAGAGCAGGGGCUCGACAUGGAUGUUCUCACGGAAGGAUUAGCGAUUGAAGCUGAUCUUCGAGAAUGGGAGUACACUUACACCGAUACCCAGAGUGCCAAUGUGGCCGAAUCCUAUCGACUCGCGGCAUUCAUCUUGCUUUGGUACACGGUGCACCCUCACAGCCCCUUAGACAAUGAGAAGGUGCAGCUGGCUGUGCAAGAAGGGUUGAAGCUGCUGGAACCUAUUGGUGCCAAUGACAGCGCGCAGACAUGCUCCUUAUUGCCCCUGUUCGUGUUCGGAGUCUCAACGGACUCGGCGACACAGCGGCCUCUUAUCAAAGCCAAAAUCGAUCGCUAUGGAUCGUGGGCAUCAAUUGCGAACAUUAUAGAAGCUGGCAAGUUUUUGGAGCAAUGGUGGCGAGCUGCCGACAAGAUGAACCAAACGCACAGACGGUGGUGGGACUGGGAAGUCUAUCUCAAGGCCAACGAGAUUGACAUCUUUUUAGUCUAA